GCAAUUGCAAGGCUGUCACUCUUUGCGUGCGAUUUGUGGCUUUGCUUUUUGCCUCCCUCUUAGCCACAGCGUAUCUUUGCCUUUCCCCUUAGCACCCUGUUCCAUCGUCGACUCUUCGAGCCAUCUAUUGGCUCGCAUAUGCACUCCUGAUUCGCCGUCAAGAGACCUGGAUAUUUCCAAGUAUGAGCCUCGCCGCACUCAAGACACGCCGCCGCCAGGACUAUCCGUACCUCCUGGAGUACAGGACAAGAUGGAACGAUAAUGAUAUGUACGAUCAUAUGAACAACUCGGUGUAUAACUUCCUAUUCGACUCCGCCGUCAACAGCUACCUUGUCGAAAAGUGCGGUAUUCACCCCCCUUCAUCGCCUCAGUAUGGCUUAGCAGUGCACUCCCACACGGACUUUUUGGCCUCCAUUGCCUACCCAGCCGUGGCAGAAGUGGGAGUGCGAGUCACCAAGUUGGGCAAGUCAAGCGUCACCUAUGAGGUGGCCUUGUUCGAAAGGGGCAGCGAUGAAGUCAAGGCUGUGGGAGGCUUCGUACAUGUGUUUGUUGAAAGGUCCACAGGGAGGCCCCCCAAAGAUGGGAUGGAGCCUCGCUUGAAGGAAGCAUUGGAUAAGAUUCAUCUGGGGCCUGUCGUUCCACCAAAGGAAGCGAGCAAGCUCUGACUUUUGCAAUUGGUUCUCGUCUAUUUCACCCCCUUUCCGUCUAGUCAGCUAUUGGACAUUAGUGUCAGAGGCUCGCUUCGUAGCUUCAUAUGCAGUCAUAUUGUAUAUAUUGAUAUUAGCGCUG